AUGAAGCUUCUCACUAAAGAGGAAGAGGCAGCUCACUACAGCACCGUUCUCAAGUAUGGCACACUGGGCGGUUUCGCCGGUCUCGCCGCUGGAGCAGCUGGAGUCGUCCUCGCCUCAAAACGCUACCACACAAUCCGCCACCUGACCAUCCCCAUGAAAGCCUUCCUGGUGACCUCAUCGGGUACCUUCGUUGGCAUCAUCGCGGCUGACCACGGAUCCCGCGAAUUCGAAAAGCAAAACAAUGCCGAACGAAUGUGGUACGAGAACCGCGAGCAGCGCCUCCGUAUGGAAGAGUCCAAGGGCCUAAGCAUCGCCGACCGCGUCUUCGGAUUCGCCCGCCGCGAGAAAUACAAGAUCGUCGGCGCCACCUGGGUUGCAUCCAUAGUCGGUUCUUUCAUGCUUGUCAACCGCAACCCCUUCCUAUCAGGCCAGCAGAAGCUCGUGCAGGCUCGUGUCUAUGCUCAGUUUUUGACACUGGGUGUUCUGUGCGCGUCUGCUGGGUUUGAGAUCUCGGAUCAGCGUCGCGGUCGCGGUUUGCUUGACGCGAAGAAGGGUGAUAAGGCGGACGAGCGGGCCGAGGCUGCCGAGUCGGUUCCUGCGCACCAUGAUUCUAAGGAUCAGGGUGAUCUCUGGAAGGAGAUGGUUGAUGCUGAGGAGCAGCGGUUGAAGUCUAAGCAUCAGACUCUUAGUGUGAAGGGUGAACUUGAAGCUGCGGAGAAGAGGAAGAAUGGCCACAAUGCUAAGGCUGAGAAGCCCAAGCAGGAAAACCAGGAGGAUGAGAAGACCAGUGAGCAGCCAAAGGAGGAAUCCGAGUCUGAAGAGACUAAGGCUGAGUCUGAAGACGAGAAGAAGGGUGGUCAGAAGAAGGCUUAA